CCAAACUGAGUGCACGGCUUUUGUGGAGGAGCUGGAAGUUGCAACAGAGACAUGCCUCCCUUUUCUGUUUGGUCUAUAUGUACAUUCCAUCCCCCAAAGGGAAACAACUUGAGGUUAAUUAGGCAACUGGCAGGAUGACACUCGCAGUGGCAGAAGUCCAGCAGAACUCAUGAAAACGACUUCCUCGGAGGGGGCGAGGGCUCCUUGGACGGGCUGCAGCAGCAUCCUUCUUUGGCACUCCAUAACCGGCUGCACUCCGCAGAAACAAGCCAAGAAUCCGCACCCUUCUGUUCUCGCUCCUGCUUUCAUCUGCUCCUAAGGAAUCCUGCUUUUGUUUUAUGGGAAGGGGGGGGGUUGCAACCCAGAAGAGUUUAGCAGAUAUAUUUGGAGAGGACACACACACACACACACAUAUUCCUGCAUAAGCAAGCUGACUGCCAAACCUGAAUUGCAGCAGGGAGAGCGGCUGAACAGCUAAGCAGCUGCUGUGAGUUUCAGUCUGCCUGUGGUGCAGGUUUUUCAAGUCACACACACACACACACACACACACACACACACACACCUGCCUGUCACACACUCCUCUCAUUCAUACACACACACACACACAUGCAGAAAGGAGCUGUUUGAGGUUACCGCCUGCACAGGUACUUAAACAUUCUUGGAGGAUCUCGGCUGCUUAAAGAAGAUCCGGUUCUUCCCCAGCUCACUGUUGCAGGCAAACUUGUGCCAAGAGAAGAUGUCCACCAAUACGGCGGCCAGCCCCACAGAGGAACAGAUAGAGAUUCUGGAGUAUAACUUCAACAAAGUCAACAAGCACCCGGACCCAGCCACCCUUUGCCUCAUAGCUGCUGAGGCAGGACUGUCUGAGGAAGAGACUCUGAAAUGGUUCAAGAAGCGCCUUGCGGAGUGGAGGAGGUCAGAAGGGCUCCCAUCAGAGUGUGGCUCUGUCCGAGACUGACUUGAACUCUUCUUCGAGAGACAAUCCUAGAAAGCUGAUGGCGUUCAUCGAUUAAUUCAUGCUGCGGAACAUGUUACUAUCCAAACUAAUUGUGUCUGUUAUUUAACCUGCUGCCUUAUUUAAAAUGUACAUAACCCGAGGGGGGUAAAUAAUUAUAUAAAACCAUAUAUAUAGAUAGAUAGAUACAUACAAUUUGCAAUGUAUUCUUGUAUAGAAAUUAUAAAGGAAGAGGGUGCAACUGCCGCUGGCUGCAGCUACUUUCAAAGCAGCACAGAGUAGUUUAGGAUUGAUGUAAUAACAUUCCCCUUGAUUCGUGGCAAAGCUAAUAUGAAUGAGAAGGCUUAGCAGGAAAAAAAUGGUCUGUCCAGCACCUCCCACAGGAUCUCAAAAAAUGAGCUCACUUGCAGAGCUCAGGAAAGCAGCAUCGAGAAAACCAACUGCAUUGACAAAAAGCUGGGGCGUGAUUUCACUCUGUUUGUGUGUAGGCAACGAUGAAUGCAAAGAGGAAACCAAACUGAACAUUGGGCGUUGCGUCGGCAGCGAGGAUUGGGCACCAUGAUGACACCCUCCACCACAGCACACUAGGGAAAAUCCCCGCAGCAGGACAUCUAUCCUCACUAGCCCCAGACAGGUGCAAACUGAUCACUGAUAUCAAUGCAUCUGGACCCACUCUUCCUCAGUGCAGCCAGAUUCUUCCGCUCCGCUCCCCAGAUCCCUGGCCUUAAAUUGUCAGACAUUAGUCCACUAGCCUCGGAUGGCUUGGUGUAAAGUGCCUAGCAGGCAGGUACCCAGGAUCAGGAUUGGAUCAUGCCCAUAGUUCAUUUGAUGCCAGCGUUACUAAAUGAAAAUCUGCGCAUGCUUACGCCGUUGCUGCAUUUAUUUCAUUUUCUUCCAAAAGGCGUUCCCUCUGAGUUAAAAGGAGUAUUUCCCUCCAGAUGUGUGAAUAAAAAUGGAAGUUAAAAACGA